AUUUGCUCCGUAUAUAAUCCAAUCCCCACCCCGCUUCUGGCGCUCUUUUUUCUUUUUUGGAUCUCCCAUAGUUACGCAGGCUGCCGUUUCAAUUUCCUCGAACUUCCUACGCACUUGCUUCACAAUCCAUGGCGACCUAUAACCCCUUCGCCCGUCGUGAGACGCAUAAUGCCCACGCCUUGAAUCUGUACCGGGUCUUUGUACCCCUCACCUGGGCCGUGGUCGUCAUCGUUGGAAUCUACUACUCUCUCCACUCGCCCGACGACACCAAAGGCGGCAAGAAACUCUGGAAGCAGGGCAACAAGCAUAACACGCCCUUCAGCCAGAACACCACCGUGACCGGAAUUUACUGGAUCCUCCUCCUCCUCUCGCAACUCAGCUACGUCUGGCACCUCUUCUCCAAGGAAACCGCCCUCGUCGCAGCCGCCGCCAACGUCGCCACCCACUUCAUCCUAAACAACCUCUUCGUCUUCGCCUGGAUCCUCCUCUGGACCCGUAACCACUUCUGGGGCUCCGAGAUCAUUCUCAUCGCCCACUUCAUCAACCAGGCUAUUACCUACUGGCGUCACCAAGGCCUCCCCGCUUUCGUACACCUAUCCGCCGUCGCCGGACCCUACGCCUGGACUCUGACAGCGAUCUUCUGGAACGGUGCCGUCGCCGUGAACAGCCACAAUUUGCCUGGUCGGAUCGUUGCUAAUAUCUUUAUUUGGGUGAUUCUGCUUGUGGGUGUGUUUGAUAUUGUCGUGCGACAGGAUUAUAUCCUAGGGUAUUGUCUUAGUUUCCUCACGCUGUCGCUGGCACUUCGCCAAGUCGCCAUUAAGAUCAUUGCUUUGCAGUGGAUCUUUGCGUUUGUCAUCUUCGCCGUCUUCCUGGUGACUUCUCUCUACAUCUCAAGUACCAAGUACUACGGCCGUGACAGUCUGUUCCGCAGUGUUGCGCACCCCGAGUCGACGGAUCGUGAGCGCCAGCCCCUGCUUAAUGAGGAGGCAUAAGGUGGGAAAUACGACCUAGUCGAACGUGAAGCCAUGGAUGAGCACAACAGAUGUGGUAGUUUGGUAGGAUGACGGUUGUGGCUUGUCUGAGGUUGAGAGGAUAUUGAACAGGACGGAGAACAGGGGGAAAGUUCGGAAUGGAUGACAGCUUGUUGAUGGAGAGGCAUUGGUGGAAUUCGUUGACAGUUUGACUCGAUUCAUGCGUGAUGUUUAAUGGAUAUGCGGAGAAUGAUUCCCUUUUGUCAUGAUUCUGGUUUGUCAUUUGUCUCUUUUCUUUUUAGUGUUGAUCUGUGGUCAUAUAAAUGCAAGAUAAUGAUGGGCGAUCUAUGUUUCUGUCUGUUCAUGUCGGUUGGGUGCAAGUCGAGGCGAAUAUGGUGGCAAAGAAUGACAUUAUAGGUCCAGUUAUGGACUGAAUAUCACCUCGAGAAUACAAU